UACAGUGCUAAAGGAGAGUUAGUAAAUGACAACACUUUAUUUUUCUGCGUCUCUGAUCAUUAAGUGUCGAAAGAAAGUCGUUGUUGAAAUUUUCACGAAUCGAGAAUUUAGCAUUAAAUAAAUUCUGAAAUAUGUUUCGCCUUCUUGUGGUGGUGACGGUGCUCUUUAUGACGACUGAGGCGCAAUUUACAUUUCCGUCACUUUUCUGGAUAUGGCGGAUAAGUGACACCAAAUUGCAAAAAGUUCCUUCAGAUAAUAAUUUUCCUUCAGUACGUUUGACCAAUUUCAAAAAUGUGAAUUAUUAUGGCUCUAUUAAAUUUGGAAUUCCACAGCAAGAAUUUAAAGUUGUAUUUGAUACUGGUUCUAAAAAUCUUUGGCUAUCUUCGAAUAUGUGCAAAACAUAUGCUUGUUUGACAAGUAGUCUAAAUACGUCUUUCAACCCGUAUAUAGUAAAUAAUACACUAUUUCAUGUACAAUACCUCGAUUAUAAUGUAACAGGAUUCCUAUCUACGGGUACAGUGAAUGUUGCCAACCUCAAUGUGGAGAGGCAAACAUUUAUAGAAGUGGUAAACAUAUUAGACGAACAUACAGACGAACUUGGAUCGUACACAAAUAUAUAUAACCGAAAAUUUGAUGGUCUUUUGGGCCUGUGUUGUUUCGACAUACCUGUCGGUGAAAUAACGCCUGUCUUCUACAACAUGAUUCAACAAGGACUAGUGUCAUCACGCAUUUUCAGUUUUUAUCUAAAUAGAAACGCUUCAGCCGAUUUAGGUGGUAAAUUGAUAUUCGGUGGUUCCGAUCCUGCUUAUUACGAAGGAAAUUUUACAUAUGUUCCUGUUACUCGCAGAGGACACUGGCAAAUUACCAUUAAUAAUAUCGAAAUGACUUAUGUGAUGUCGUCUAAUUUUAUUUUGUGCAAGGAAAGCUGCCAAGCUAUCGUUGACACAAGUAUUUGGAAAAUAAUUGGUCCAGAAAAGGACGUCUUACUUAUUGAUCGACUUACUAGAACUAAUCCAUAUGGAAGGGUGGACUGCAAUAUAAUUCCUCAUUUGCCUAUAAUCAGGUUUAAUUUGCGUGAUUUUAAUUUUGGUGUUAAGACGUUCGUUCUUACCGGUAAGGAUUAUAUCAUUCGGCAUCCAUAUAAUGAAAGUACAUGUAUAUCCGUCUUCGGGAAACACGAGUCAACAUAUAAAGAUGAUGUAAAAUGGAUUCUGGGGAUGCCAUUUAUUGGCCGUUACUACACUGAGUUUGAUAUGGACAGAGGCCGAGUGGGAUUUGCUUUGGCGAAAAAUGUAUAAAAUUUAUCAAAAUAUAUAGAAAACGUUUCAUUGUCACCUUUUAUUGUAUACUCAUCAUCAUUUUUUAAAUUAUUUGUUUAAUUUUCCAUAAGAAAAAAAUUUAAUUUUUUAAUCGCCAACCGACAAAGUUCGCGGAUUAUUAAUGUGAAUUUUUGCGUAAUGCCUACAUAACUACGACUUAAUUUUCAACAGCAAUACUUUAUUUGGAAUGCGAAUUUUUGCGAGUAAUUGCAUUCGCUAAGGUCAUUGUUGCAUGGCCGUCUAAUCGAUAUAAUCAAUCUAUUCUUUCGAAAAACUGAUUUCUCCUUCAUUAUUAAUCUUAAUUACGCACCCACUUAAUAAUUUAUUUUAAAACAAUAUGUUUUAGUUAUAACACAAAAUAUUAAAUAAAAUAUUUUUAAAAUGAUUGAUUGAUGAAUAAUUGAUUGAUCGAUAGGACGGAUGAUCAAUAAAAAAGGUUAUGUUUCAAAUGCGAGCGAUUAUAUAUAUAAUAUAUACGGCCGCCAAAUGUCGAUAAAUAAUAGCUCUAGUAGACGAGUACAAUUUCUUUUUUGUAUGUCGUAACGUACAGAAAGAAAUUUACUGGAAAUAUCGAAAACAUGUUCCGCUUUCUCGUGAUGAUUGUGACGCUGACCGACGCAGAAAUCCAAAACUAAGUUCAUACAUUGUAUUGUAAGUUUACAUUACAUAUCAUAAUGAUUAUUGAAUUUAAGAAUUGACCUCUCGCCCUGAUCACAUUCGAUUUUCUGAGAUUCCAAACUUAUGUAAAACUUAUGUCGUGCAAUGCAAUAAAAGUUUUCAAACUUACAAUAUAUAAUGUUAUAAAAAUCAUAUUCUUUUCGCUAGAUCUCACAAGAAUUGGAGGUAAAUGGUUACACUGGGUCUAGUAAAAUUAAUCUUGAAGUGCUCUCGUAAAUAU